CACACCCAUUCGGGCGAGCCACGAAAGCUCUCUUCAGUUCGUUGAACCCACACGUCGCGUAACGUGUGCAUGUAUGGGCCAGCCGUGUAAUUUCCACGUGGGUGAGUCAGGUCCUUCCACAGGUCCCUUCCGGACAGUAUAUAUAUCGCGUUCCACUACAGAAAGGUAUCAGUUCCAUACUUCUGCUCCUAGUGAACACUAAAAGGAACCAGCAGCAUCAUGAACUCUCGCGUGUUCUUGGGUUUCCUCCUGUGCGGCCUGUGGGCCUCUUCCGAGUCUAUCAUCGUUCUGGGAACCACCGCCGCCCUCGGGACUGUCGCUGCUACCACUGUUACCGCCUCUGCAGCGACAGCUUUGGGCGUGGGCGCGCUGGCGGUGCUGAAGGGAGCUCUUAUCGGGAAGCAUCUUGCGCGCAGAAACAAGAGGAAUGUCGACUCCUUUGAGACUGACGAGGCAGUUGAGGUUGCGGUGGCCCAACAAAUGGAUUCAGCUGGUUGCGUGGCCAAGCUCUUGUGCGAAAUUGAGGCCAUGUCCGCUGACCAGCUGACUCCUGCUAUGGCCUCAUUCAAGACUGCUUUCGAGAACGACAGUCUCAAGGGCUCCCGAGGCGUUUACGAUCUGGCCAUCAGUUUCGGCUCCAAGUUCGCCAAGAAGGACUCGAAUGCCUGCAGCGCCCUCUUCGAGAAGUGCGUCCUCUCCAGGGAGGACCUCUCCUUCAUGCUGGAUUCCGCCUUCUCUUGCUAGUCAUAAAUAUUACUUGCCACGACUGCGAUGUGAAAACUUGUUGUCAGAACAGUAGAACUUAUAUAUGGUUUCCUGUUUACCUUCAAAUAAAUAGAAAAGUAAUUCUGA